AUGCAAAGAACAUUUUCAAAUGAUGACAAUAGAAGCCGAAUUCUAUUAACCACUCGGUUCAAGUAUGUUGCUGAUUGUGUCAGUUAUCCUGAUUUUCCACCUCAUAUUAAGUCUUUUCUAAGUCUUAAUGAUAGUUGGAAUCUAUUCACCGAAAAAUUAUUCAAAAAAGACCCUUGUCCACCUCACCUAGAAGAAACAGGGAAGCAUAUUGUACAGCAAUGUCAAGGAUUACCUCUCUCGGUGGUUGUCAUUGCUGGACUUGCUUGUUUUCUCUAUGUUGGAGGUUUUCCAGAAGACAGAGAGAUUAAUGUUUCCAGGUUGAUUAGGCUAUGGAUUGCUGAGCAAUUCGUAAAGGCAAGAAACAAUAAAAGAUUAGAAGUGGUGGCAGAGGAGUAUCUACAAGAGUUGAUUGAUAGAAGUCUAAUUUUGAUUGGUAGACAAAGUGCUAAUGGAAGGAUGAGAAGUUGCAAAAUUCACGAUCUUCUUCGGCAACUAUGCCUAAGUGAAGCUCAUACUGAAAAUGUUGUGCAUAUCAUGAAUGGGAAUGUUCCCAUGUUCUUAUUAGAAGCCAUAGAUGAUCAACGGCGAGUGAUCCUUCUGUCUAAACUUGAACAGAAGCAAGUUUAUCCUCCAAUGCAUAGCAAUGAGGAGCUGGAGACGCUAGUCAUAAAGCUGGAGAACAUUGACGUGAACAUUUUCUCUGUAGAUAUUUUGUCUUGUAAAAUCAAGAAAUUAAGUCCUAAUAUCAAGAAAUUGAUAUUGUUAGGUACUUAUGUACCAUGGGAAGUUGUGAAUUUGCUGGCUAAUUUACCUAAUCUUGAGGUGAUCAAAGGGGAGUAUGCAUUUUCUGGAACAGAUUGGAAAGUAGAUGAAGAUGUUGUGUUUCGCAAAUUAAAAUAUCUAUUAAUUUGUGAAGCAGAUCUGGAAAGGUGGGAAGUUGGUAGUGAUAAUUUUCCUAUGCUUGAGCAGCUAUUACUGGAUCGGUUGUAUGAACUAGAGGAGAUUCCGGGGAGUAUUGGAGAUAUAAUGACACAAAAAUUGAUCAAAAUAGACGAUUGCAGCUCUUCUGUAGAGAAUAGUGCUAAGAGAACUUGGGAAAUUAUGAGUUUCAACUUCAAAUUAUUCCAAAGGUUAGUCAAAAAUACAAAAACAGAAAAUAGAUGA